AUGGCCGUCUUCAACCCCAGAAUACUCGACGCCAGCCUUCGAGACGUGGCCAACUGUCUAUCGGACCACCAGAAAGCUGACGUCCUGCUCUACGCUUUGGAAAACAUAAAUCCAGAAGGAACGAUAAUCGAGAAUGCAGUCCAGUCUUGUCUUCAGAUCAGCAACCUGACGUGCACUAAUGUCGCCAAAGCACGGGUUCUCAGAGCAAAGGCCAGGCUUGCUGGGGGCAUGCACUUUGGCGCACAAGAAGAUCUCGAGGCUGCGCUCAUGGCCGAACCAGAAAAUGAAGAGGCGAAGAGCCUUCUCCAAGACAGAGCAACGCCCGAGAAGCAAUCCCCCGUCAAUCCUUCAACAGAUACGGGUGUCAAGUUCUCUGCCGAGAUUUGGAGACAAAUCGUGCUCUUCCUCCCCCGACGUGAUUUGAAGACCCUGCUCUGGGUACCCCAUACCCUAUCCAAAAUUGCUAGCCAGCUGCUCUUCCGUAAAAUCAAUCUCUAUUUUAGCGGAUGGUCAGAUGAGGAUGAAGAUGAUUCGUGGCAUUCGCAUAACCUGAAUAAAGAACAAGAGUCCUGGCACUCGCAGAGAAGCGCGGACAUCCUGACCCGAAUCAUCCUCGACCCUUCCUUCGCAAGUCUUGUCAAAACACUCCGUAUAUACGCCACAAAACGUGAUAGAGAUGGCACCCUGGCCUUUCAGAUUGGUACGAACUUUCGAACAAGGGAUCAUGGGGUAAUGACACGCUUCUCAAUAGGGAUGUUGGCCAAUGCGCUACCAAAACUGAUCAAUCUGAAGAACGUACAUAUUGCGGCGAGCUCUGAUGGACUCCUUCCCAUGCUCCGAAUCCUGCAAAACACUAGUCCGAAACUUCGCGGUCUAUCCAUCUCCUCCCCUGAUGGUCUUGGAGAGAUCGCGUGCUUGGAGUUCAAACAUCUUGCACAAUUGUCCUACCGGACGACAAAAGGCAACAGUGAUAUCACUCAGAUCUGCCAAUUUGUUUCCCAGAACCGGAACACACUGCGCAUAAUCUCAUUGGACGCUUCGACUUGGCCCUUCCCCUCCGAGUUUUUGUCCCUUCGCAAUCUCACGCACGUCAACUUCGUCGGUCAAUUCCCACUUCACAGCCACACCAUUUACGAUCUUCUCAAUGAUGGCCGACAACUGGAAUCGCUCAGCAUUGGUUGCUACCUGGAAUGUGGGCUGUCGUCCCAAUUCAGAGAGCUGCCGACGGCAUUACCUUUCCUACGAUACUUUGCAUUCAGAGUCAACCGUAUGAAUCGACGGUUCAGUGAUCCUGAUAUGUUCCCUGCUAUUGCCGACUUCCUUCGUGAGAGAAAGCAACUGAAAACCCUUCAUCUCUCGGUACCAGAUGAACACGUUCAGCGUGCCGUUGGCUUCGAUGCGUCCAUCUGGGGUGUUCUACCUUCUUUAGUCGCUUUGAAAAGCCUCUCUAUCACAUAUCCCAUUGAUCUCUCUCCGGGUCUGGCGUCGUGGCUGGUACCGAGGUCUGUUCUCGCAUUAAACCUGGACUACGAAGCUCUCCCAAUGCGAGACCCUGUCCAAUUUCUCAAUCAACUUCGGAUCGGCGUGCCCCCAUCGUUACGCUAUAUAGGACUGUCAGAUCUCACCAUCCGGAGCCCUAUCUCCGCCAUUGUCGAGCAAGGGUUCCCUAUGGUCCGCCUGAUCCGUGUGGGCUCAAAUUACUGGACUGUCGUUAGGAAUGCUGAUGAUACCGUUGUCGAGUUGGAACAAUGGCCGAGGCGCCGCGUGUUGUACCAUGUAUCCGAAUGGUUAGAAUGGUUAGGGUGCGAAGAUGCCAGAUGGAGGGACCACUCCGAGUUCCUUGCUUGA